AUGUCCCGUUUAGGGGAGCCCAGUCCCCCUAAGCUGGAGGGCAAGCUGCAGACCAUGGGCAACGCCCUCAAGGUCAACUGGAUCAAGCAAGACGAUGGGGGCUCGCCCAUCAAACACUACCUGAUCAGAUACAGGGCUGUGAGUAUGACAGGACAAGGAGGUAACGCUAUGUACAGUGAGGGGAAAAAAGUGUUUGAUCCCGUGCUGAUUUUGUACCUUUGCCCACUGACAAAGAAAUGAUCAGUCUAUAAUUUUAAUGGUAGGUUUAUUUGAACAGUGAGAAACAGAAUAACAACAAAAAAAUCCAGAAAAACGCAUGUCAAAAAUGUUAUACAUUGAUUUGCAUUUUAAUGAGGGAAAUAAGUAUUUGACCCCUCUGCAAAACAUGACUUAGUACUUGGUGGCAAAACCCUUGUUGGCAAUCACAGAGGUCAGACGUUUCUUGUAGUUGGCCACCAGGUUUGAACACAUCUCAGGAGGGAUUUUGUCCCACUCCUCUUUACAGAUCUUCUCCAAGUCAUUAAGGUUUCGAGGCUGACGUUUGGCAACUCGAACCUUCAGCUCCCUCCACAGAUUUUCUAUGGGAUUAAGGUCUGGAGACUGGCUAGGCCACUCCAGGACCUUAAUGUGCUUCUUCUUGAGCCACUCCUUUGUUGCCUUGGCCGUGUGUUUUGGGUCAUUGUCAUGCUGGAAUACCCAUCCACGACCCAUUUCCAAUGCCCUGGCUGAGGGAAGGAGGUUCUCACCCAAGAUUUGACGGUACUUGGCCCUGUCCAUUUAAUGCGGUGAUGUUGUCCUGUCCCCUUAGCAGAAAAACACCCUCCAUGUUUGACGGUGGGGAUGGUGUUCUUGGGGUCAUAGGCAGCAUUCCUCCUCCUCCAAACACGGUGAGUGGAGUUGAUGCCAAAGAGCUCGAUUUUGGUCUCAUCUGACCACAACACUUUCACCCAGUUCUCCUCUGAAUCAUUCAGAUGUUCAUUGGCAAACUUCAGACGGGCAUGUAUAUGUGCUUUCUUGAGCAGGGGGACCUUGCGGGCGCUGCAGGAUUUCAGUCCUUCACAGCGUAUUGUGUUACCAAUUGUUUUCUUGGUGACUAUCGUCCCAGCUGCCUUGAGAUCAUUGACAAGAUCCUCCCGUGUAGUUCUGGGCUGAUUCCUCACUGUUCUCAUGAUCAUUGCAACUCCACGAGGUGAGAUAUUGCAUGGAGCCCCUGGCCGAGUGUGCUCCUAAUCUCAGCUUGUUACCUGUAUAAAAGACACCUGGGAGCCAGAAAUCUUUCUGAUUGAGAGGGGGUCAAAUACUUAUUUCCCUCAUUUAAAAUGCAAAUCAAUUUAUAACAUUUUUGACAUGCGUUUUUCUGGAUUUUUUUGUUGUUAUUCUGUCUCUCACUGUUCAAAUAAACCUACCAUUAAAAUUAUAGAGUGAUCAUUUCUUUGUCAGUGGGCAAACGUACAAAAUCAGCAGGGGAUCAAAUACUUUUUUCCCUCACUGUAUACCGCUUUGCUUCCCAAAAUAAGAUUUUCAGCGUGUUUAUUACGUAUCUCGUCUGUUUGAUUGUACUGUGAUGAUUUCAGUUUUGCAAAACACACAUAGACUUAUGGAUAUACAUAUGAAAAACUGAGGAAUGAAUCACAUGAUUUGAAUAGAUUGACGAUAGAUCUCUAUUGUGUUUAUGCCUAGAUUGAUAAAUGGUUAGUGAUUCACGUAGGAAGAUUCCUGGAUCGCCAAAUAAGUGUGAAUGCAUGGAAACAUUUUACAGUGAUAUAAAGUGAUGGGCAGUUUGUGUCAUAGCCACGGAUGUCUGAGUCCUGUCUGAGUAUUUCACACACACCUUUCUGCAAACCUCCCUAGAAGCACGUUUCAGACUGGAAGCCGGAGAUCCGCAUGCCCCAUGGCAGUGAGUACGUGGUGCUGAGCAGCCUGGACUGGAACACGGAGUAUGAAGUCUACGUGGUGGCCGAGAACCAGCAGGGCAAGUCCCAGCCCGGCACCCUCUCCUUUAGGACCGCAGCAGAGCCCACCGCCAUCCCA